GCCUUUUUUAACUGGUGAUCGUACAAGUGCCGGUGACAGCCGCUGGAUCGUCUUCACCAACAAACAUGCGACAAAUCGGAAUCGAGGUGGAGGACCCGCUGAAGCGGAUACAGGAAGAGAUCAACGAGGUGGCCCGGCGCGAGCAGGAGCUGCGCGAAGGCCACGGCCGCACCGCCGGUACCGCGGACCUGAACGAUGACAGCCUUUCGUCGACCUCUGGCAACUCGGACGACUCGGGCCUAUCGCUUUCGCCGACGCCCGUCCACUCGCCGUCGGUGUCGAACCUGAAGGACAAACUGGAGCUGAGCACGGCCCAGCUGGCCCCGAAAGAGACCGACGGACCGGCGAGGUUCGACACCGGAGCCACCCGGCAGUACAUCCUGCCACAGCCGAAGGCUCUGACACGGGCCCGCUCGACACCGCAGCUCUUCCACACGGGCGCCGGCAACCAGCAGGGGCGCCGCUUCAACCCGAACCCGAACCACCGGGGCAUCAUGCAGAAGUUCAUCGCUUCCCGCGGUCGGCUCAGCAAGCUGGCCAACGCCAACGGUCACACCGGCGCGGCCACUGCCGCGCCGACGAUGGCCACCACCAAAGCGGAUCCAAUUGUGCCUUCGCUGGUCGACCUGAACCGUUCGCAUCUGAUGAUCCUUCCGUCGGCAAUCUCCACGCCACCGAGCAUCGAGAGAGACUCCAACGGAAAACCUAUUCGCCGUGGGUACGUGCCGGUUGAGGAGAAGAUCCAGCGCGAGUUGCGCGAUCUCAAGAACCGCGAGUGCGAGUUGAAGCGAAUCCGUAAGUCGAACCGAAACGCGUCCCAAUCGGACCUGCUCGACAUGAACUACGACACUUUUGAAUCGAGCGAAGAACUAUCGGACGAAGAUAACACAGACGAACCAAUUUAUCCGAUGGCUCGGAAGCUGCGAUCGACCAAAUCUAUCAGCGAACUGUGUGACGUAUUGACCAACUCUAGCUUUUCACCAAGGGAAACUCCUUCGCCGCUCUUCGAAAGCCGCACACGGAUUGGCAACGGAUGCGGAGGAGGAAUGCGGCCGGCCAUGUCCCUAGCACAGCUUUGCGAUCUCGAUCCCGAGGAGGCACCUUCGUCCCACAAGUUGAUCGCACAGUGGGAAAGUCUCAUCCAGCAGAAGCAGCAGCGAUAGAAACCGGAACCGGGACCCACCGGGUACUACUGGCUAACGAUAUAGCAAUACAGUUUGUGAUGCAAGAGAUUGGGAAGAAAGGAGAAGGCUACGCUCGGUUCACUUCUUCGGCCCUUAGCGACAUUGAACACAGGCGCGCACCGAGUAUCGUUACGUUAAUACCAUUGUGAUUUGUUUUGUUUUUUUUUUUUAAUAUUAUUAUUUACCUCUUUGAACAUAUUUUGUAUGCUUUUACGCUCCAUGAUUGCACCUACUCCUGUAUCACACUAAAAAGCACUCUCUUCCGCGACGUUUAUUUAUCACCUACCCCUUUAAUUUAACUCACGGCACCGUAGCCGCCAUCUUGAAAAUGCAGAUCAAACGUUGUCCACAGAAGAAGCGGGCAUUCUUCGGUUGGCACUUUUUUUUACUGUAUACGAAACGAAAUCCAAUUUUCAUCACUUUGUUCACAUUGCUUAUCAUCUACACAGCAUAAUAACGAGCGUGGUGUUUCUUAAAAUAUUACUUGUCGUGCGAGGGUUAGCGUUAUACGCAGCGAUUGUCUUAUACACAAACUAUGAAACCGGCGAAGCUCAAACUGGUCGCUAAUGCGAAGUGUAGGUGCUUGUAAUAUAUCAAUCGUUUCGUUUGUAACCGGGACCUACGAAUUUCGACGUUUUGUGUGUCCUUCUGAAUCAAACUGCAUUUGGCAUUCGUGGUCAUUAAUGCGGAUGCAGAACGUCGUUACAUGAUAGUGAUAGUGAAUCAACUUUUAUACGGAAAUAUAUGAUAAACAUAUCCCGCGCAUUUUUCCGUCUACAAGUGGGUGGGUGGUAAAAGAGUAUGUCAAAAUAUUCAUAAUUAUUGUGCUUAACGUGUUUAUAUUUAUACAAACAUUUCCUAUGCCAAACAUAUA